GCGGAAGUGUGGUGCUUAGCGGGAACCGGCGCCCGGAAGGUCAGCGUGUGAAGGAGGCGCUGGCAACGCGGGGUUACCCGCAGUUUCAGAGAAGUAACGGCCCAGCGGACCACCCAGGCUUGAGGCAGCGGCUGGAAGCACUCGGUUUGCUGCGAUACCAUGGAAGGAGGCGGGGGAAGCGGCAACAAAACCACUGGGGGGUUGGCUGGCUUUUUCGGAGCCGGCGGAGCAGGUUACUCGCACGCGGAUUUGGCAGGCGUCCCGCUAACUGGUAUGAACCCUCUGUCUCCUUAUUUAAAUGUGGAUCCACGAUACCUCGUGCAGGAUACAGAUGAGUUUAUUUUACCUACUGGAGCUAAUAAAACCCGGGGCAGAUUUGAGCUGGCCUUCUUUACGAUUGGAGGAUGUUGCAUGACAGGGGCUGCAUUUGGUGCAAUGAACGGUCUUCGGCUAGGAUUGAAGGAAACCCAGAACAUGGCCUGGUCCAAACCAAGAAAUGUACAGAUUUUGAAUAUGGUGACUAGGCAAGGGGCACUUUGGGCUAAUACUCUAGGUUCUCUGGCUUUGCUCUAUAGUGCAUUUGGUGUCAUUAUUGAGAAAACACGAGGUGCAGAAGAUGACCUAAACACAGUAGCAGCCGGAACUAUGACAGGCAUGUUGUAUAAAUGUACAGGGACGGCGUUUCGCCAUGGUGUCCAGGCUGGUCUCGAACUCCUGCGCUCAAGCAGUCUGCCACACUGGCCUCCCAAAUGUUGGGAUUACAGGUGGUCUUCGAGGGAUAGCACGAGGUGGUCUGACAGGACUAACACUUACCAGCCUCUAUGCACUAUAUAAUAACUGGGAGCACAUGAAAGGCUCCUUGCUCCAACAGUCACUCUGAAGAUUUUACCAACUCAUGAAUGGAGGACACUUCAGUAGACAUCUAGACCAUUUUAUAAGUCAGACUGGAGUUAUUCUCUCUUCUACCCUAUAAUUAGUUUGAAAAAUUAGAGAUUUUGAUUCGCUAUGAUGAAAAUCUUGGAUGGUUGACCAAGACUGGCACUCGUUCCAGCUAUUAGCGAGUUGAAGCCAAAGCCCUUUGGUGACUCACUGAGCAACGUGGUUCUCUUCUCCUUUGGAGAAGAUCUUGCACAUAUCUGUUCUUCUCCCCCAUGAACUAGAAAACCACUUACUCCCAGAAUUCAAUUCGUGCUUGUCAGUAUUGUAUCACCAAGUCUGUUCAUUUAAUGAUCCAAAACUGUAAUGCUGCACUGUAUUCCAAAUAAAGGGUAAAAACAGAACCAAAGUUCUAACUCCAACACACAAA